AUGUCUCAGAACGGUAAAUUGAUGCCAAAUCUAGACCAACAGAGCACCAAGCUUCUCAACCUCACUGUUCUUCAACGAAUUGACCCUUUUGUUGAGGAGAUUCUCAUCACCGCUGCUCAUGUUACCUUCUACGAGUUUAACAUCGAUCUUAGCCAAUGGAGUCGCAAGGAUGUUGAAGGAUCCCUCUUCGUUGUUAAAAGAAACAUGCAACCUCGAUUUCAGUUUAUUGUGAUGAACCGUCGCAAUACUGAAAAUUUGGUGGAAAACCUCCUGGGGGAUUUCGAAUAUGAAGUUCAGGUUCCAUAUCUAUUGUAUAGAAAUGCUGCUCAAGAAGUGAAUGGUAUUUGGUUCUAUAAUGCCCGUGAAUGUGAAGAGAUUGCAAAUCUUUUUAGCAGGAUCCUUAAUGCAUAUACCAAAGUGCCUACGAAGUCAAUGGUGUCCACUACAAAGAGUGAGUUUGAGGAACUGGAAGCAGUACCAACUAUGGCAGUCAUGGAUGGUCCUCUGGAGCCAUCGUCAUCAACUACUUCCAAUGUAGCUGAUGUUCCUGAUGAUCCAUCCUUCGUAAAUUUCUUUAGUGCAGCUAUGGCUAUCGGAAAUACUUCAAAUGCUCCAAUCACCAGACAACCUUACCAGUCUGCUGCCACAAUUUCUUCUUCUUCUGGGCCAAUUCAUGCUGCUACACCCGCCCUGCCAACCUUGCAGAUACCAACUCUUUCAACUUCUCCUUUUAUUCCCCAUCAUGAUGCUCCAGAGUCCAUCAACAUCAGCAGCCGAGCCACAAAUCUUGUGAAGCCUUCUUUUUUUAUCCCUCCCCCUUCUUCUGCAUCAAUGAUGUUACCCCCGGUAUCUUCAUCCGUACCUACUGCUCCUCCGCUUCAUCCUACUGGUACAGUACAGCGUCCUUAUGGUACUCCAAUGCUACAGCCAUUUCCGCCUCCGACUCCACCACCUUCACUAACUCCUGUUUCUUCUCCCCUUCCAAACUAUGCUCCAGUUAUUUCUAGAGAAAAGGUCCGGGAUGCUCUUCUGGUGCUCGUUCAGGACAAUCAGUUCAUUGAUAUGGUUUAUAGAACGCUGCUGAAUGCUCAUCAAUAA